AUGGUGUACUUCUUCCCCGAAGGAAUGCGAGGUCCUGGUGGUCCGCCUAUCUAUCCCGGCCUGUAUGCUGUCGUAGGAGCUGCAGCUUAUACAGGAGCCGUUACUCACACACUGUCAGUAGCUGUGAUUAUUUGCGAGCUCACAGGACAGCUGGCUCCAAUUCUACCUGUCUUGAUCGCAAUGCUGAUGGGUAACGCUAUUUGUAAAUUCCUUCAGCCGUCCAUAUAUGAGAGUAUUAUUCGAAUAAAGAAAUACCCAUACCUGCCCGAUUUACCACCUUCAAGAAUCAGUGUGCAUACGGUAAAAGUUGAGCAAGUGAUGGUCUGUGACGUCAUCUACAUAACAAAGGACAUGACCUAUCGGGAAAUGAAGGAAAUUCUCCAAAUGGCUCCACAUCUGCGAAGUUUUCCCAUUGUCACCGAUCAUGAAAACAAAAUCCUUCUGGGAUCAGUUGCAAAACGCUAUCUCACGAUGCUUCUGCGACGGCAUGUACUGAUCACCCAGCAGGACAGUCGGGCAAGUGUUCGCAUGACUCCUUCAGAGAUCUUCAACACAAUUCGAAGGACUAGCAUGAGGCUCUCCAAAAGGUCACCGUCACGGCGGUCGAAAGAUGCAAGAGAAACUGAAAACGGUCGAGCUGAGAGCGAACCACUUGAAGUGGUUACUGAUCGCACCUACAGCGGCAACACGCUGCUGUCAAUCUCGCCGUUGCACGCUCCGAACAGUGUUCCGCUACAAGCUGUCUUCACAAGGCCUUCCUCAGCUGAUCUUCUCAAGGUCAGUUUUGAAAUAAUAUGUACUACAUAA